AUGGCCAGCCAUAUCAUCGGCAACAGGAACAGCACGCCAGAGGCUUCCAAGUCGACUUUGCGACCCCCGUCGUCAGCUCGCAACUUGGGAGGUUCUCAUCAGCUGCGGGCUUCUGCCGACAUGUCCGGCUUUCCGAGCCCUCUUUCUUCCCGGAAUAUCCGUCCGUCGUCCGAGGUCUUUUUCAACCAGCAACCGCAAGGUCAAGGCAACAUGGAUGAUGCUCUGGACCAGGCCGCCCAGCAGUGGAUCGCUGAUAUUGAUCAGUAUGAGACAACUCUGGAGGAGAUGGCUGCAGCCACCCUCGACCAGGACUUCAAAGACGAACUGAGUGCUAUCGAGCAGUGGUUCCGCGUGCUGAGUGAGGCAGAACGCACUGCCGCAUUGUAUGCGCUCCUCCAGCAGACCACACAGGUCCAGAUUCGCUUCUUCAUUCAAGUCUUGCAGCAGAUGGCAAAAAGUCACCCGAUGUCGGGGGUACUUUCCCCGGCAAACUUCGGGGAGAAAGAGUUAGAUCCAAUGUCCAACCGCUUGAGCGAUGCCAUGUCCAAAUUGACCAUGGAAGGCUCGCGUAACUCUAUCGGGCGUCCUCCCCCAUCGCCCGGCGCUAAACGAAACUCUGCCCUCGACCCGUCUACCAUCAAUGCCAUGUUUCCUGACGCAGCGGCGGCCAUCGCCAAGAAAAAGGCCGAAUUUACCCAACAGACUGGUAAUGCUCCCACUUCGAACCGGAACAGCGCUGUUUUCGGCGGUGACCGAUCCUCUCUUGUUGCCCCAACUAUCUCUGCCCCCGACUCCAAGAACUCUCUGAAUCAGCCACCAUCGUCUCCGUGGGCACAGCGUGCUCCGGAGCCACAGCCGCCCAUCGCUCGGCCAAAGUCAUCCUCCGGCCAGCCUCAACAGGCGCCUAUGGGUCAAUUCAGUCAGCCUCUCCGUUCUCCACGCCCCGGAAAUGUACAAAACACGACCAUUACUGCCCCAGAGACAUCUCACCACGAACCCCCACUUUUGUCGCCAUACAAUCUUGGCAACUCCAGCUGGGCUUCAAUGACCAACACCCCUAUGGCACCUACUUUUAACACACAGCAGUCAGGGGGGGCCCAAGCCGAUAUGGUGGCCAACGCCACUGCAAUGAAACUGGCUGCUCUGUCCACGGUGAACAAUCGUAUUGCACUGGAUGAUGCUCGCAAGUAUCGUCGUGCCCGGUCCAACGAUGGACAUGGAAAGAAUUCGAAUGCUGGCCAUUUGUCUCCUGGUCUUGGACCUAGCAUCCCUGGUGCUAAUUUAGUCAUGGUCAACGAUGCCGGCCAGGUCUUGAAUGCACAGCAAAUUGCCGCGCUCCAGGCCCAACAGCAAGCUGCACUAUCGGCUGGUCGUUCCCGCCCCAACUCUCCAGGUAUCACGUUGCAAGGGCCUCUUGGCCAAGUCGGAUUCACAGCGCCACAGAACAACGGGUUCUUGGCAGCGUAUGACCCUACUAGCGGUCUUUUGGGUAACGGCCUAGGCAACCUUGGUAUGAGUCAAUUUGGGGUCGGAUCCCAUGAAGGCUAUCUCUCCGACCACUCGGAGGUACAGCGUGGGCGCUCGCCCCGUGGGCGACGCGGUAGCUCCAAGCCCCCUGAGGACCCAACCGACCCGACUCUACUCAAGGAUAUCCCUGCUUGGCUACGAUCCCUGAGGCUUCACAAGUACACGGACAAUCUGAAAGAUCUGAAGUGGAGUGACUUGGUUGAACUAGAUGACAAGGGUCUAGAGGACCGCGGAGUCAACGCUCUUGGUGCUCGGAACAAGAUGCUCAAGGUUUUUGAACAAGUCAAAGAAGCCAGGGCCGAAGGCAAGCUUGAAAUUUCUUAG